GGCGCGCUCCUUAUAGCCGCGCGCCGGGCGCGAGAAGGCGGCUGUGUGUGCGGGCGCGCGCCGCGGGGUCCGUGCGGGGGCGGCCGCGGUUGAUCUCAUGAAUUCCAAAAUGAAACAGAAAUUGACCACAGAAAAGUCCUCAGGAACUUUGCAGAAGUACCUCACAGAGAGCACAUGCAGUGCUGCCCAAAGACCAACUCUUAAAAUGAUCCAGCCUUCAGCAGCCGGUAGCCUGGUGGGCAGACGUAAUGAGAAGAAAUCUUCAGUCAGAAGGAAACUCUGGAAUAACAAAGUUACCUCAAAGGCUUGUAAAGCUGAGGUGUCUGUGGACAAAGAGCAAGAGAAUGAGAAUGAUGUCAUUCAAGCUGAAGAUCUCAUGAUGAAAGGAGAUCCUUCAUCUCAGUAUUGGAAAGAAGUGGCUGAAGAAAGGAGGAAGGCUCUGUAUGAAGUGCUUCAAGAAAAUGAAAAGUUGCACAAAGAAAUCGAGCAGAAGGAUGGUGAAAUUGCCCGCCUAAAAGAAGAAAAUGAAGAGCUCAUGUCCCUUGCUGAGCAUGUGCAUUAUAUGACCAGCGUGAUUGAGAGGCUAACUGGGCAAGCACCUGACAAUCUUGAGACACUGGAGAGUCUGGCUCUAGAGGAAUCCAGACAGGAAAAUGAAGAGCAUAACUGUGGAGACAAGGCAGACAGUCCUUCUGAAGAGGAGCCAUCACAAGUAUUGUCUGGUUUAAGGGAGAAUAGAUCAGAUCCUCCUUCAAAGGAAACAAGCCAUUUGCAACUGGAAUGACAACCUUUAAAUAGGCUUAUAUAUGUGGCUUUUAAUUGCAGACUUCCUCUUGAAAGGAUAUAUUAAACCUCAGGUAUAGAAACUCUUGUGGGAACAUUACAGAUGUUGACAUUUUUAACUGGAAUUAUGUAGCAGUGGGAGGGGUAUCUGAAUAAUGCAUGGAAAAUUUACUGCAGGCUGCAUGUAGUUGCUUGUAUAAAGCACAAAUACUGUGUAUUUCAACUGUUGUGUAAAUAUCUUUAUCAGUUGGUCUGACAUGAUGCAUGGAAAUUGAUAAAUAAAUCUUUGCAUUACCAAAAUAAUGUCUUAAUUGACAGGGGAAUGGUUAAUCCUUGGUUUAAAUCAGUUAUGACUCCUGUAGUAGAAACUGUAGAAACUUUCAAAUUUUUUGGGGGAAUGCCUGGGCAGCUUUUAGGGUUUUUUUAGGUUUGCAGAAUUCUGGAGAACAAAAUUGUUUUUUUUUUUUUUUGUGGAUAGAGAGUGGAAGAAAAAGCAAAAAUGUAUGUGCUGUUGGUGAGGUGUCAAAAAAUCUUACUGGGUAAUUAGAGUCAAAAUCUAAAGAUUAGAUUUACGAUUUUAAAGUUUUUUUUUUUAAUUAAUUUUCUCUGCCUUCUAAGGAAGCAUUUUGCAAGCUGUGUAAGGAGAGUUUAAGUAAUUGGUUUAUGAAGAGAAGGUGGUGUAUUCUUAGUCCCAGUAGCAGCUGCGCUGAAAACUAGGUGGAAACAAAACAGCGUAUACUUCAGAGCUAUUCUGAAUGGAAACUGUUUUCAAGGUACUGCUCUGGUAUUUACCAAGAGAUGAGAAACCCUUUUACCAAGGUGCUUAGGUUCUGAAAGGUUUACAGGAAUAGAAAGUAGUCUUUAAAACCUUGAGCACCCUGUCUGGUAUCUGCAUGGGCCGUGAUGGAACUGGAGAGUAAGUUGGAUACAGAUUUUCCAGUACUGAGUGAACUCGGGGCAGUUCUGUAACAAGGCUUUAACAAUGGGGGCUGUUGCCAUAUCUUGGGAGGAGCUUAAAGCUGAGUGGCUUUCGGGAGGCAGAAGUGAAUAGAGGCAUCCUGGUUUGUGGAUCUCUGGCCUUACCAAAGAUGGUUGCUUCAGGGUAUGUGUGAAUGACUCUGGAGCUAUCAGAUUGGCACCUUUAUAUUCCUUCUGUUUUACUUCCUGUGGCUGUUGAUAAAUUAACAGAUGUUUUACAACUGAUUUCAGUUGUGACAUCCAGGAAAUGGCAGAAGCCAUUGUAGAAGAUAAUACUCCUGGCUGCCAUUUUACCUCAAGCAUGCUAACUAGAAAAAGAGGCAUCACAAUAUCUUGUGGAUUUUGUAAGCACAAGAUUUUAUCUUCCAACAUGUGCUCCAGGGGGUGCUUAGACAUUUCUUUCCAUCACAGGAUGAAAAGGUGAGGAAGGUGUGUCCUCUAUCUUGCACUGAUGCUGUCUUGAAGAAACAAAACUGGGUGCUGGGCAAAUGUUUUGUAGAGUAACCUUGGUUUUCUGUUAAGGAGAAGUGGAUAAUGGUUGUCAAGUGAUUUAGACCUCACCUAUCUCACAUUCUAAGCAACUUUCUUAACAAAGUAGUUCCAACAUUACUAAAAGGAAACAAAUUUCAUUUUGAUAUAAUUGUUUUUUGCAGUUCUUAGUUAUUGAUUGUUAACUGAAAUUUUUUUAGAGGUGGCUUUAUUUUUAAACAUCAGGCAUACUGUAUUUGCAGAGGCUGUAGAAGGGAAGGACGGACUGUGGCAUGACUAGCAGACCAAAGUGAGACAGCAAGUGCAACCUUUCCACUAUUUCACUUCCUGCUGUGUGAACUGCUGUAGUACAGGUGCUGCUGUUGGAACAGAACUGCCAGAAAGAGACAAUCCAGAAUUUGUGUGCAGUAUCUGCAUCUGUGUUUCUUACCUUCAGGUUGAUCAAGAAGAAUGCUUAUUAGGUUUAGAUAUUAUGCCUUUUCUGGAUUGAUUUUAUUUAAAUAAAAGAGGUGACAGUCCCUUCAUGUGCUGGAUCCUUCUGUUGAAAUAGACUGUGUACAAAUAAAUAAUGGAAGUUCUGCAAGUAGGCUCAUGGAUGUAUUGCAGCAUUUGGUGCACCUGUAACAGAGAAAAUUUUUACAUCAAAAAGGAAUGUGCCACUUAGUAAUACAUACUGAUGUUUUAAACCAAGACUACUGUGUUUUUAUUAAGUGCAGUUUGUUAGCAGAGUGGAUAGCUUGCUGUUAUCAACUGAUAAAAAUCUGUGAUGCCUGAGAAGGGAGGUGUGAGAGCUGAACUGCCACAGUAAUAAAACCUAUACACAUGCUUUGUCACAGAUGCAUUGAACCUCUACCAAACACUGCCUAUACCUAUUGUAUCAGACAUUAAUGUAUGGAAAUGUUCUUCUCAGCAGUUUGAGGAUGCUGCAAUACUUGCUGUUUAAAAAUGUUCUAAAAGGAUUGAGGUUGUUUAUUGUUCUGAAACUUCUUGAGUGCUUUUUUGAAUAUGCAUGCAGUAGCACUGUGCUACAUAUUAAGUCUAGGAACUUGGUAUUUAUGUGCUCACAGCUUGUCAAAUGUGUAGAAAUUAUACAGAGAUUUGUUUGUGAUUAGUUCUCUUAAAACCAUCUGACAUUUUAAGUGUCUAGGGAAACUCAUCACUGGAACAUGGCUAUGUAGCAGCUGUAAAGCAGCAUCACUGAAGACAACCUUUAUAUCCAGCUAAGUUGUAGAGAGAACACUCUGGCACAAUAAAAGUAUCAGUUCUGGGAUCUA